AUGUCAGAAAUAUCAUUUGACAAUUUAUGUGACAUAUUAAAGCUCUUACCUGCCAAGUCUCUCCUCCGCUUCAGGUGUUUAUCGAAAGCAUAUUGUUCUUUAAUCGACAGUCGCGAUUUCAUAAAUCUCCAUCUCUCUCAAUCUAACAAUACAAACCUUAAUGGUAGCCUCAUUUUGUUUGAAUCAAAUUUCUUAUAUAUUCAUAUAGCCUAUAUGGUGGAUUUAGAUUCUCCAAAGCACCAUGUUGCGAAAUGUGAUCACCCUCUAUUUAAUUCUUGUCUUAUAUUUGGUUCUUGCAAUGGCUUAAUCGCGUUGUAUCAUUCGCAAGAAGGUAUGUUUUUGUGGAAUCCAUCUACCCGAAAGCACCGAAAAAUAUGUUGUCAAAUGCGUAGCCAUAGUAAUUAUCUUCUCGAUGGAUUUGGUUAUGAUCCUGUCAGCGACGAUUACAAGGUCGUCAGGAUCCGGGGACUCGUCGGCCAUGGUAGAAAACGAUCCAGCGGUAUGGUUUAUAGCGUAAAACAUAAUUCUUCUAGAAGGAUUAAGGAGUUCCCUUAUAAGUGUAAUAAGCAUAGAGAUUGCGGUACUCUUGUUGGUUCUUGUUUGCACUGGAUUGGUUCAGAACCAGAUGAUUCUGAUAAGCUGAUCGUUGCUUUCAAUCUGGAAGACGAAAGAUGCAGAGCGCUGCCGAUUCCUGGCGGUUUUCAGAAUCAUAGAUAUUGGGAGCUGAAAUUAGCGGAAGUAGGAGGAUGCCUUACUUUAACUGUGAAUAUUUCGGAUUAUGUGGAGAUUUGGGCGAUGAAGGAAUACGGAAAGAAGGAAUCGUGGAUUAGAAUAUCAUCGAUACACAACAGGUCAUUACGGCCAAUUGGAUAUUCGAAAACUGGCGAUAAACUCUUAUUAUAUGGCCAUAAUGGCUGUCUGUGGGAGUAUGAUCUACAAGAGGAGGACCAAACAUCUCAGGUAUCUCAAAAUCACUUCUCCAAUUUCAAUCAACCACCACCAAAUGUGUCCGAUAAACGUUUUCGGAGGAUUAAGUAUUUAGGAUUUGAUGUCUUCUGCUGCUAUUCUUCAGUUAACUGUGUAAAAAGCCUUGUUUCGGUCCAUGUUUGA